UGGUGGCCAGCUUGUGGCCCGAGGGCCCCAUGUUGGACACUUUUGAUUUCCAAUACAAAGCUAGUAUACUACUGUGACUCUCUGCAUGUUAACUAUGAUCCAUGCUAUGUCUCCUAUCCAAAACUGGCUGACGGUGAAGUUAAGUAGUUGGAGCAGAGGAAGGGGGGAAAGCGAUAACGAGAGAUAACAAUUUUUUCCCCAUGACUGUCCAAAUGCUACUUUUCUCUCUCGGUUGUUGCAUGCUGUCGACCAAUUUCUUCAUCAUCAUCAUCAUCUGAAGGGGCAGGAAGCUGCAUCCCUUCUCCAGCAGUUAGCAGCAGCUUCCCUGGCUCCACGGCGACGGCACAACCGGCAGCAGAUUAAAAAAAUGUCCGAGGAAGGACCGAACAUGUUGACAGGGAGGAAGACGGCGUUAAGUGAAAACAUGCUCUUUGGGAUGGGAAAUCCCUUGCUCGACAUUUCAGCUGUUGUGGACAAAGAUUUCCUUGACAAGUUUGGACUGAAGCCGAAUGACCAGAUCCUCGCAGAAGACAGACACAAAGCCUUGUUUGAAGAAAUUGUCAAGAGGAACAAAGUUGAGUACCAUGCCGGUGGUUCGACUCAGAACUCAGUCAAAAUUGCUCAGUGGAUGCUCCAGAAGCCCCAUAAGGUGGCUACCUUCUUCGGGUGCAUCGGGAAAGACCGCUUUGGCGAGAUCCUCAAGAAGAAGGCCGAAGAAGCCCAUGUCGAUGCCCAUUACUAUGAGCAAAACGAGGAGCCGACUGGCACCUGUGCAGCCUGUAUCACGGGAGACAAUAGGUCCCUUGUUGCUAACCUGGCAGCAGCAAACUGCUACAAAAAGGAAAAACACCUGGACUUGGACAGCAACUGGGAGCUGGUGAAGAAAGCCAAGGUCUAUUAUAUUGCGGGUUUUUUCCUCACUGUGUCCCCGGAGUCGAUCCUCAAGGUGGCAAGGCACGCUUCUGAUAAGAACAAAAUCUUUUGCAUGAACCUCUCAGCACCAUUCAUCAGCCAAUUCUUUAAAGAGCCCUUGAUGGAGGUUAUGCCUUAUGUCGACAUCUUGUUUGGCAACGAGACGGAGGCGGCCACGUUUGCCAAAGAGCUGGGCUUUGAGACAGACGACAUCGCAGAGAUUGCAAAGAAAACCCAAAACCUCCCCAAGGAGAACACGAAGAGGCAGCGAGUGGUGGUCUUCACCCAGGGCAAGGACGACACCGUUGCAACUGUCGGUGAUAGGGUGACCAUGUUCCCUGUUUUGGACAUAGACCAGAAUGAUAUUGUGGACACUAACGGAGCCGGAGAUGCCUUUGUUGGAGGAUUCCUCUCGGCGUUGGUCCAAGAGCACGCGUUGGAGGAGUGCAUCCGGGCCGGACACUACGCGGCCAAUGUCAUCAUCAGGCGGGUCGGAUGCACCUUCCCAGAGAAGCCAGAUUAUCACUGAUGCACCCGAAAACGCUGCACACGUGUCUUUUCCACAGAAAUACUUGUAUUUGUAUGUUUCGGGAUUUUACGUAUACUUAUUUUCUAUUCACAGUGACAGACUGCAUGGGACUAAUUACCUCAGCUUGACUAUUUUAUCAAGCUGUUAAAAAAAAGGAAAAAUAGCAGCUCUGAUGUUUUAAUAUAAGUCAAAUACUGGAAUAAUAUGUGUAUGUUUAAAGGCUUAUUCCACUAAAAUCUGUCUAUUGGGUGUGAAAAAGUGAAUACCUGCAAGCCUGAGAAGGCGGUGGGAAAGUGUCAAAUGUGUAAGCACAUCUCAAGAAACAAAUCAACAUAAUCUACUAACAUUCUCCAACAUUGAUCCAUAUUUUUUCCCCACUACAGAGCAAACACUAUGUCCCAGUAGCUCCUCCUCGUAGCUGGGGGUUUUGUAUUUUAGUGAUUUAUAGGAAACUUGUUAAAGGCAAAUAAUAAGCUGAUCGGUAGCAGAGAAGUGCAUUAGCCUGAAAGAGUGGUUUGAAAGGUUUCUCCAGGUUCGUGUGACUUCUUCAUGGACCCUGAAUCACAGCCAAAAAAAUAAAGAUAUAUUUACAGAAACUAAAAAAGCCAUUCCUGCCACAGAAGCCACUUCUCAGUUUUACUAUUUAUCCUAAUAUUUAUUACUUUUCAAACAAUAACUGCUUUGCCUGUAAAUCGCUAAUUACGCUUAUUUAACUGGAGCUUGUGCAUUCUGAAGAUAGUGACACUGAAGUGGUGUAAUUAGCAGUGAAAACUAUGAGUGCAAAGCUGUAAGGUACUAAGUUUUCAGCGUAAUCUGUUUGGGGGCGGGGGGAUGCUGUAAAAUAGGAACUAUACCACAUUUCCACUUCAGAGUAUUCCUUUAAUAUUUAGCUGCCAUGCUGCAGCAAUCAGGGAUUGGGUACUGACAAUCUUAAUAGAUCUUAAUGAGAUAAAAGUGAAACAUGUUUUUUUGGUACUAUUGAAAUAAAUCAACUGAUCCCAC